UUUUCUAUCACAAGAAUUUCAAUGAAAAUGAAAAAAAAUUACAACGAAAAAAAUUGCAAAUCAAAACGAAUAUCAUUAACAUACAUUUUAUCAUUGGCAUUGAUUAAAAAACAUUUUUUGAUAUAUAAACACUGUUUGGCUUGUUUUUCUUAUAUGUGAAUCCAGUUUUGUUUUCGAUCUAACCCUUCUAUCUUCAACAGCAUUUUUUUUACUAUUCUGAUGCAAUUAUCGAUUUGAAAUGACUGAUUGAAUUCGUUUUUGUUAAUUUUAUUUUUGAUGUCCAAAAAAAGUGAUUUAAAAAAAUAUCCAAUAAUGGCAACUAUUUUGAAUGUGAUGAUUACCAUUUUUAUUUACAUCACUAUUUCGACUUGUUAUUGUCAACAACGAACCGCCGUUUUGUCAAAUAAAAUCAAUGAAGAAUCAUUACGAACAAAAAAAUUUAUUGAUAAUGAAUCCAUUCAAUAUCAACCAAAAAAACGUUUUGAUAAUAGAAAAAUUUUUCUAUAUUAUUUUUUUAAAUAUUUUCAUAAUGUUAGCCAUAAUCUAUCGGAAGAAUGUCGACAAUCAUAUAAUUAUUUUCUGGAUAAUUCCAAAGAACAAUGGGCAAUUAAAAUGAUCGAUUCAAAUUCUGUUCUUGAAUCCGGUAUUAUGAAUGGUAAUGUACAAUUUUUUGGUGAAUUUGAUCAAUGUUUAGAUCUAAAUAUUGAUCAAUUACCAAAUGGUCAGAUACAAUAUUGUAGUAUACAAUUUCCUACAUCAAUUAUUUUGACUAAAAAUGAGAGCAAUAUAUUUCCACCAUUCGUAUGGACAAUGGUACCACCAAUGGCUGGUAUUUGUUUACCGGCUGCAUGUUCAAUUGAUUAUGAUUUACCUAUUAUUCUUAAUGAAUUAUCCAUACGUGAUAAACAAAAACCAUUGAUAAUUUCACAAUGUAUCACAAGAAAAGAUCUUAACAUUGGUAAUCGUAUUGAAACUAUUCAUAUUGUUAUUAUUGCAAUAUUUAUAUCGAUAUUUACAAUGAUCAUCCUUGGAACUAUUAUUGAACAAAUGAUUCGAUUGAAUAAAUUUUCAUCGACAAUUAAGAAAAAUUUUAUCAUACGAUUAUUGCUUUGUUUUGAUCUGGAACGUAAUCUUGGUUUUCUUUUUCGUACUAAUUCAUUACAUUCAUCGAAGAAAAAUGAAACCAAACAAAUUAAUUGUCUACAUGGAAUUCGUGUUCUUAGUUUUCUAUUUAUUCUUAUCUAUCAUACGUUUACUGAAGCUCAAGUUCCAAGUUACAAUUUAGUAAAAUAUUUACAUGCUGAAAAAGAAUUCAUUUAUCAAUUUGUUACGAAUGCUGCACUUUGGGUGGAUACAUUUUUUCUAUUAUCCGGUUUUGUUAUGGCACAUUCAUUUUUAAAUCAAUUUGGUUUCAAAUAUACUAAUUUAAACAAUAACAACAACAACAACAAUCAUAAUAAUAAUGAACAUCAAAAUCAGCCAACAAUUCAGCAUAAUCCAUCAAUGAUUGAUCAUCUAAAACAACAUCCAAAACGAAUAUUUCAUCGUUAUAUUCGUUUGACUCCAUCCGUUGCUGGUGUUGUUGCUCUUUCUAUUUUGAUUGAAAUUUUUGGUUCCGGUCCAUUGUGGCAUAAUUAUGUAAAUUUAUCACAAAAAUCUUGUCAUAAAAAUUGGUGGAAUAUUUUUCUUUAUGUAAAUAAUUUCUGUAAUCUUAAUUCGCCUGCUUAUCCACAGCGUGAGUGUUUAUCCUAUCUUUGGUAUCUGGCUGUUGAUAUGCAAUUUUUCAUCAUUUCACCAUUGUUAAUUAUAUUUUUGGCACAUAAAUCUUUUCAUAUGCAAAAAAUCGGAAUCAUUAUCAAUAUAACAUUCAUAUUAAUUAGUUCAAGUUUAACCGCAUUUUUAAUGGCAUGGAAACAUUUAACGCCUACUGUUGUUGUUACCACUUACGAUCUAGAUUAUAUAAACAUGGUGUAUAAAGCAUCUUAUUGUCGAAUUGGACCAUAUUGUAUUGGUAUACUUAUGGCAUACAUUUAUCAUCGAAGAAAUGCUUAUAAUCAACGAAAAUAUCUUCUAUCUAACGAUGAGAAUAAUAGAGAUGAUAAUAAUAAUCAUGUUGAAAGAAUAAAACAUAAUUAUUCAACUUUUACUGGAUUAAUGUUGAUGACUAUAGCCAUUAUUAUGUUAAUAUCAACAACGAUGCUUACAUAUCCAUGGUUACAAGGUUGGGAUUAUGUAAAUGUACCAUCCAUUCUAUAUGGUGCCAUACAUCGUAACAUAUGGGCAAUCGGUUGGGCCUUAUUAAUUUGGGCAAUGGCACGUCAACAUUUACCAUUGAUGGAUCGAAUAUUUUCACAUCCAAUGUUUCAAGUAUUCAGUAAACUAACAUAUCAAUCAUAUUUAUUACAUUCGAUUUUAAUCAGUGCCAUAACCAAUUCAUUACGACAGAAAAUUUAUUUUUCUGAAUUUAAUUUUGUAUUAGAUGUAAUUUGUUAUUUCUUUUUUACACAAUUAAUAUCGAUCAUUAUGUUUGUCAUGUUUGAACGACCAUUUCUUAAUGUUGAAUCGACAUUUUUCCGUCUAAAUCAUCGUAAACAUUCAAAUGUUCGAACCAACAAUAAAAUCAUUGGAAAUGAUAAUCCAGCAAUUAAUAGUUUAGAUCAAUAAAAUGACAUCAUAAAAUCAUUUUCAUUUGUGUUUGUUUGCAUCUGUAAAUAAUUCAUUCAUUUUUCAUCAAAAGUUAAUUUGUUCAACAAAUU